AGUGAGAGAGGGCUGCAACAGGAGGAGUACACGCGAGUGCACAGUCGCCUACAGUCAACGGAACCUUUUGGUAUCUGCAUGUGUGAAGCAUAAAGCUGAUCCCCAAAAUAUCACCUAUGAUUGGAAUAUUGAUUCCAUCGCUCGAGAAGGAGGUCGACGAGUCGGGAAAGUUAAGAAAGCUUUUCCGAGUUGAGAUCUUGUUCAAUGGCAGGAAACACUUUGUGCUGAGAAGACACAGUGAAUUCCAGAACUUGCACAGAAAGCUGAGGAAGAUCGUACCAACCCCAGACUUCCCUAGUAAGAGACACCCUCAUUUAAGAACUAAACCUUUGGAACAGAGAAGGCAGGAACUGGAAGACUACAUUCAGGAGAUCUUCUACCAAAAUGAUGAAGUUCCCCAGAUUGUACUUGAUUUUCUGGAUAUCAAACACUUCCAUUCAGGGAGCAAGCUGAGCCUAAGCCUUGAGUCACUGGACAAUAUGGGUCCUCAGAGCUACAGCUGUCAGCUGCAACAUCAGGUGCUUGGAUUCUGCAAGGAUCCCUAUCUUAAAGUCUCUGCCUCAGACCUUCCUGAUAUUGUUGCGGAUGGAGUCCUCCAGGGCUUGUACCACAGAAACAUCCGGGUCAGCUUCACAGCCAACACCAGCCCUCCAGCCCAGCCCCAGCCCUCCAGACUAGACCCUCCUGGUGCCUGUAUUUGACUAGAAGCUCCAGCUCUUUCAGCACUGUACCAAGGGACAGCAUAAUUUUGCAUACAAAUUUUCAGAAGUGAAUUGAACAAAUGUUGGUGCCUUGUACUUGCCAAAUUAGUAAAUGUCAUGUUAGGGUUAUUCUAUAAUGACAUUCUCAUUGGGAUGAAUGGUUGUCCUCAAUUACUAGACCUUGUAUGGAACAAAAUGUUACCCCCUCAGUGAAAACUUGAACUGCUUGAAAUUGAAAAAGGAAACUGUCCACACCCCACUAACAAAAAUCUGAAUCUUUUAAUAAAGAUCCCUUAUAAAAUAACCACACAAAAGCUGAGUGACUUGAUGGAAUGCCUUAAUGGAAAUGGGCCCAGUGCACCAUCUUGUGGUCUGGCGUUGUCAUGGCCCCCACAGGCCACCUCCACCAGAGGAGGCAGCCUGUGGGACCAGAGGGCUCACAAAGAAAAGA